GCGGCGCUGAGCGAACGACAGCCACCAGCCAUUCCUGCGUCCCUCUGUUUUGAAAGUGUAGCUGUGGUGACGCCGCGCAUUUACUGAUUUCUGCAUCAGAGCCAAGACGACGAGGGCAGUCUGUAGUGAAGGAGUACUUGCUGUGACGUACAGAAGAAGGUGUCUGAUACAUUCUGAGACCAAAUGGAGCAGGAAGAGAAUAAUUAUUGCCCCAGACCUCGCUUUGGCAGGUGGAGGAGGAGUCUGCUGCAGUCUGCGAGUCAAGAUUCCAGUAGUGGGCAAUCUUCAAUCUGGAAUGAGAGCACAUGUAACAAAACCCCCAGAAGUGAUGGAGAAAAUAAUGUUUCCUCUGUUACAAAGCUGCAUGGGAUUCAAAGAAGAGGUCCUCUCAUACCCCUUAGAGAUGUGAAUAAUUCUAUGGAAGCUACAGAUGGGGUUCGAGUUCUGGGCACUCAGUCUGCCAAGAAGCAGCAUGGCUACAAAUCUGUCACCAGUUUCAGGAGAAGUCAUCAGCGAAGGUCGUGCGCACCUAAUUUUACAAACGCUGGAUAUAGGUCUCCAUGGAGUACCAACACCACAGCUAAUGAAGGUUACAGAAGUGACAAAACUAAUAACAUGUAUUCUUCAACAACCAAGUUUCCAGUGAGUCAAGGUGAUAAUAGUGAAAAUGUACUUGGGGACUCUGGAAUUCCAAAGCUCACAUUUGAAUCACGCUUCAAGAGGAGGAGUAGUUUGCUGAAGCGUAAGGGAGAUUUAAAGACAAAGAUUCAAGAUGAUACAGCUGAAAAUUCCUCUAAAAGUAGAGAUGAGCACAAAAGAAUUCUUGAAGAUGAAGAGGAGGAGGCAAAUGUUGUUUCCUUCCGCUCAAACAGUUUCAGAGUUGAAAAGGACAAUCAGGAAGAGCCAGCCAGUGAGAAAAAGACUGAACAAAAAUCGCGCUUUGUUGUGGCAGAAGGAAGAAGACGAUUAAGUGGAACACGAAGGAGAUCUAUGCUGGACUUUGCACAACGGAGAGCCCUGGUAUCUCAGUCCUCUGUAGAGAGAGCAUCAGUCUCAGGAGAAAGUGAUGGAGCUCCCUCAGGACAGGAACCAGGUAAUUCAGUAGGCAGAUCGCGCUUCAGUCACCGGUUGCCACUUGGUAGUUUAAGAAGAACCAGCCAACAGAAAGAUUUGCCAGUGACAAAUAAAACAGAGAGGAAAAAGCAACAGGAGUGUCGGAGGAUGUUGGCAUUUGAGAGUGGAGAUGAAGGAGAUGACAGUGAGGACCAGACUGUCCCCCUCUCCAUGUUGGCUCAGACACCUAUCAUGAAUAAAGCAUCUGUUCUUCAAAAUUGUGGAGAUCAAAAACAAGAAAAUAAAGUUUGUGAGCCUAUAAUCAAGAAGAGCCUCCUUGAUGGUGGUGUGCAGACUUCAGGUUCAGAAGAAGGAGUAUUAACCCGCCAGCAGCCAGAAGAUAAUUCAGCCCCAUCACAUCCAAAUAUGGAACAGCAGGUGUCAAGACUUGCCCCUCUUAUUACUAACAAAAGUGUGAAUCCAUCAAGUGAAGCUUUGCUGUGGCACAGAACACAACCAGGAAACCAUGAUGCUCCCAGUUGCUCCCUACAGGAACCUACCACAUACAACUGCUCAAGUAUAAGUACUGUGAAGAAUAUUAAUAUCCUUGAACCUCCAAGGUCCACCAGGAGAGCACAAAGACGAAGAAGUGCUGCUGUCCUUUGUGUCCGUACUCCAAUGAAGAGAAAAAGUAUGAACUUAGAACCAAAGAGCACUUCUAAGUUGAUUGGUUCUUCAGUUUCAUCUAAAACAUCAAGUGUUAGGGAGUUAAAGAAACAUUUAAAGUCAAGAAGAAGUUUGGUAAUUGGUACACAGUUACCUUUACAGCCUCAAUCAGUGAGCAAAGUGACCCCAUCAAACAGUGAAUGCUUACAUGAAGAGAAGACAAUGCAGGAUACAGUGACAAGUGUCAAGUUCAGUAAAGUUGAUGCCUCCACAAACACCACCAUUAACUUUGACAAGACUAAGCUUAUAAAUUUCAAAGUCAUAGAUGAUAUUGAAAAGCUUCUGAAGGAACAAGAAUUGAAUGCUGAAGCAGUCCUGAUUCAGGAUAAAACUAAUGCAAGACGUCUGGAAAUGAAGCAAAAGAAACUGAUGGAGAGUUUUGCAACUUCAAUAUCACCGUUAAAAAGACUAAAAGCCAUGUUCUUAGAGGACCAACAAGAGGAAAGUGAAGUAAAGGAGAGCUCUCAGCAAGACCAAGCUGAAGGUGAGAGUGGUGCUUGUGAAGAUGAUGUUGCUACACAAGAGUUGCACUGCCCCCUUGACCAGAGUGGGGCGGAGUGGGUGAGUCCCAAGAUGCCGCUGGACAUCAGGAAUCACCAGAUACAGUGGAGGCGGCGGCAGCAGGACAAGAGAUUAACAAGGACAUUCCACGAACCAAGUAUCAAAGAGGAGGAGUUUGCAGAACCUUACCAAGGAGACACCUCCCCCUUCACUAUUCUGGUGGGUGACUGUGAGCGACCAUCUCUUGCCCCAAUGACACCACACUCUCGCAGAAAUGUAGGUAUGCUGAAGUUGAGCUUGAAGGAACAACUGGAGCAGUUAUAUAAUAACUGAUGAGGAAAUGCAACUUCCACGUUUUUAUAUAGUAGUAUAUUGAUUUCCAGUAUUUUUAUAGAAUAAACUUUUAUCUGGUGAGCAUAAUAAUUCUAUGUACUAUGCUUUGCACAGGUCUUUGUGCUGUUAGUGAGAUGAAAGGGGGAAGGGGAAAUUUAUUAUAACUGCUGUCCUAUUAGUGUAAUCCAAACUUAAUAUACAUUUGUGUUUGUAGGAGAGAGAGAGAGAGAGAGAGAGAGAGAGAGAGAGAGAGAGAGAGAGAGGGGCAGGGUCAUGUAGAGGGCAGGAGUUUCAGUCUUCUUGUCCUGUAGUUUAUGUACUCUUUGAUCCACACAGCAUUAUUUACAGACCAGUCAAACCAGACUGUUCCCCCCCCCUCUCUUUCUCAUUACAAACAUUAUUAAGUAAUUAUAGUAAUAGUAAUUAUAAUAAUACUUGUCUCUCUUGCUAGACCAACAGCAGUCACUUGAACUCACUCACCACACCCUCAUCUUUUCUUGUCAAAAAUAUUGUACACAUAUCCUUUGUUUUGCAAGAAAUGAAUCUGCAAGUUAUGUGUUGCAGGAACUACAAAUUUGGGUGGGCCUCUGCCUUCCUAUAUACUUGAGUGGCAUUGUUUAAAAAGUAGAAAUGAAGAAUCACUGUUGUGUUGCUUAUACAUUUUCUUCACUGACAUACAUAAUACACAAAAAAAUUCUCUCUUAAUGCCAUUUUGUGCCUCUUGAGUACAUAGCAAGCCAAAGAGAGAAGGAAGAAGACAAACCCACCCAAGUGAGUAUUUCCUGCAAAUCAACAAUGUGUAUAGAAAAUUUUUUAUUUAGAUUUACUGAGUUAUCAAACUCACUCAUGGGAUACCCUGAAUACUUAGCUACUGUUUGUAUUAUAGACAUUGAGGCUUUUUUAUUUUUUGCAAAUAUCUUUAAAACAAAAAUGAAAUUUUGGCUCAGCUUUUUUGAAACCAUCAUUUAGUUCAUUCAGUGUUGUCCAAACAUUUCUGCCUAUUGUACCUUCAACUGUUGUGUAUCUUCUCCCCCCAUCAUGCCUGAACCCAGUUUUGGAAUAGAUCAGAUGGAAAACAAACACACACACACACACACACACACACACACACACACACACACACACACACACACACACACACACACACACACACACACACACACACACACACA